UGUACGGACAUCUGCGAUAGAGAUGGCCGAGACGGUCAAAGUAAAGGACAAGUUCCUGCCCGCGUCCCUUCUCACGCCAGCCGAGAUGGUGGCAGCGACUGGUGUCGAAGAUCCGCAGAUGUUGACGUAUUUCGUCGCGGGACUGUGGCGCGUCUGUUCGAUCACAUCAAAGGCAAACACGACAGCGAUGGAUAGUCUGAUAGCGCUCUACGCUCACCGAUUCUUCCCAGAGCUCGGGAUGCCGGCUCUGCCCGAGGACGCAUACGGCGAUGGGGAGUCGCUGCACGUACUGCCGGAGAACGACAUUGAUGUACCGGACUUCGAACAUGAGACGAUGGCGACGCAACACGUCCAAGACGUCUACGUGGCGACGAUGCGCACAAGCAAAAAGCGAGAUGGUAGAUGA